AUGCUUAGACAAUUCUUUGCGUUAGCCCUCACUGGGGCGGCUUUAGCCAGCAGCAGCAGCUUGUCGAACGCAUCAAUUUCUCUGUGGCAGGGCAACUUUCACCUCACCAGCGAGGUUGCCUGUGCUUGUCAGCGGCUGAACCAAAUACACUCAUCUGAGAUGUUGUCGUCUUCCUCCGCGAACUAUACGGAGGAGAGAAUCCGGUACUGGGACAUCCGCUCCGAUCUGUAUCCUGCUUGCAUCUUCCAGCCAAGUAAUGCGGAUGAAGUGGCGGAGGGGGUCAAGAUCGUUUCUGCGUGCAAUGCGCCCUUUGCCAUCCGCGGUGGAGGUCACAUGAAUUUCCCGGGAUCCAACAAUAUCGACGGCGGUGUUUUGAUUACUUUGAACAAACUCCAGGACUACAAGGUCCAUAACGAUACCAUUGAAGUGGACCCUGGUAUGAAAUGGAUUGAUGUUGUCGCAGCCUUGAACCCCUAUCACCGUGCUGUUAUCGGAGGUCGUCUCAAGACCAUCGGUGUGCCUGGUCUGACUCUGAUCGGCGGCGUUCACUACUUCAUCAACAAGUACGGGUUUGCUAUGGACAAUGUCGUGCGCUACGACGUGGUUCUGGGCAAUGGCACUCAGGUGAUUGCGGAUAAAUUCACAAACCGCGAUCUGUUCUGGGCCCUCAAGGGCGGUGCUAACAACUUCGGCCUGGUCACCAAGUUCACCCUCAAGACAUACCACAUGCCCAAUGUGAGCACCACCAUUCAGGCCUUCGAGGAAACGGAGGUCUACGACUUCAUCAAGGCCGCCGUGGCCUUGUCGCGCUUGGACGACCGCGAUCCCAUUGCUGCGGGCGGUAUUUUGACCAUUCAGCACAAUGUGACGACCAAGGCGGUGUCAGCCUCGCUGAUGGGCGUUCAAGAGGGGAUAAGCAACCCGCCUUCACAAUUUGCCAACUUCACCGCCAUUGAAGGCCCGAUCAAGAUGCACAAUGUUACCACAAUGCUUCAGUGGACGGAGGACAAGGAUACCCCCAAUCAGAUGUUCAGAAUCGCCUUUUCAGCACACUCGAUUGUCCCCAACGCCAAUCGACUGUACGAGAUCUACCAAGCCUGGAAGACGAGCGUCGAGACCCUGUCCGAUGUCCAAGGCAUCUACCCGACAUUUGUGAUUAAUCUGUGCCCCACGGGUGCUGUCCGUGCUGGACGAAACACCGACGUCGGAAACACGUGGGAUCUGGCCCUCGAGCCUACAAUCUGGUGGCAAUUCAGCACCGGAUGGGAUCUGGCCCAGGACGAUAUCCGCAUGACGUCCUGGUCGCGUGAUCUGUCCGAGAGCCUGCACGAGGAGAACCGCCAACUGUCUCUGGCACGCGAGCACGUCUAUAUGGGUGAUGCUGGAGAAUGGCAGGAUGCUUUUGCGACGUUCCCCAAGGAAAACAUCAAGCGCAUGAAGGAAAUCCAGGCGGCGGUUGAUCCCGAGGGCGUAUUCAGUCGCCUGAACUGGGGUGGUUUCAAGCUUUCUCCCUGA